AUGUACGCGCAGGAACGUCUCGGGAGCGACAUUGCUCACUUGCCCACCAUUCAGCCCGCGCCGGCAGACAAAGGCGCGCCGCCGCACCCCUCUGCGCCGUCCCGGAGCGCUGCCGCUGCGAGUGCCAUUGCGAGUGCCGCUGCGAGUGCCACUGCGAGCUCGAGCUCCCCGACCACCACCGACACCAUCUCCGACCUGACUGCGUCGUCGUCCCGGCCCUCGCGCCCGGCUGCCCACGCGCCCGGCCGUGCCAGCACCGCGCCCACCGCGCCCACCGCGCCCGCCCCGCCGAAGCAGACGCGCAGCUACAGACGCACCAAGUCGACCAAGGCCGCCGCCGCCCGAUGGAGUGACGCUGCGGCCCAGCCCAGGAACAACCCGCAGCCCGCAGCCCAGCCCUCGAGCCUGCAGCUGCCCGCCGCCCAUACCCCGCUCAGCAGCACCGCACUCCCCGCACCCGCCCGUUUGAUGGCCACGGCGUUUGGCGGGCCCUCGGGAGACUCGCGGCGCAGCGUGUCGUCUCCUCGCCCAAAGGGUCGCGAAGCCAAGAACACCUUCUGCCGCAAUGUCACCAUCUACGGCCACUGCCGGUACGAGAACACCUGCCCGUACAUCCACGACCACGCCAAACUGAACCAGAACGAGAACGCCAAGAAGCGCUUCAACGUCGACUCGCCCUCCUUCACGCCUCUGCAGCCCACCACCAACGGGGCCGUCACGCCCUCGUCGUCGCGCACCGCCGCCAUCUCGCCCAAGGCCGCCAAUGCGGCCGUCUUCACCCCCAAGUCGCAGCGCUCCACUGUGACCACGCCCAGCCUGCACACGAAGGAGCCCUCGACCGAGUGGCAGGCGCAGGACUUCCACGAGUUCGUCCCUCAGGCAUUCGACGGCCAGCUGGUCGACGCAGCGUCGUCGUACGAUCCCUUCACCGCGUCGUCGUCCACAGUCGCUGUCUCAGCGCCGACUAUCAAUCCGUACGCCCGGGACCCAUCAGGCCUUGCCGGCGCCGCAUACUAUCAGAACGCCAACACGUUCCAGGCCUCGCCAGCAUACCAUCUUUAUUGGCCAGUUGGCCCUCAACCCACCGGCCUGCUUGCAUAUCAGCGCACCGCCCACGACUUGUUCAUCCCAGACAGUCUCCGGGAAGACCUGCAGAAGAAGGCCGAGGUCGCUCGUCAGAUCCUCCCAAACCCGUCCUUGCCACACAUUGAGCAGUACCACUCCCUCUUCUGCCUCGACACAUCCCCACAAAGAAACAAUGCUCCCUUUGGCUAUGCGAGCUGGAUCUACAAAGCCAUCUCGAGCAAGGACGGCAAGACGUAUGCACUGCGUCGACUCGAGAACUUCCGCUUGACGAACGAGACUGCAAUGCGCUCGUUCCAGCCAUGGAAGCGGAUACUAAAUGGCAGCGUCGUCACCAUCCACGAGGCUUUUACAACAAGAGCGUUUGGCGAUAGCUCGUUGAUCAUGGUGACUGACUACCACCCCAACGCCAAAUCACUGGCAGACGAGCAUUUCAAACCCGUCCCGCGCUAUCACGGCAGACAAGCAGCGUCAUCCCAUGUGUCAGAGCAGACACUGUGGAGCUACAUUGUCCAGAUUGGCUCGGCGCUCAAGGCUAUACACGGCGCGGGGUUAGCUGCGAGGCUUAUCACGCCAUCCAAGAUACUUCUGACGUCGAAGAACCGCAUUCGGCUCAAUGCGUGCGGCAUCAUGGACGUGGUGCAGUUCGAAACCGCACGGCCGAUAGCGGAUGUACAAGCCGACGACCUUGUCCAACUCGGACGACUUGUCUUGUGCAUCGCCAACAACAGCCCCCAGGCUCAUAUCAACAUGCAGAAAUCGAUGGACUACAUAUCGAGGAGUUACACGGGCCGCCUGAAAGAGUGCAUCCAGUACCUUCUCAGCCCACAGCCGCAGCCAGGCACACCCUCGUCGCCCGCGUCGCCGAACAUCCAAAAGGACAUUGACACCUUCCUCGGCGGCAUCGCGGACCAAUUCGCGUCGGUGUUUGACUCUGAGCUCCACGCGCAAGACACGCUGACAAACACACUUGGCCGCGAGCUGGAAUCGAGCCGCAUCGCGCGCCUGCUCAUCAAGCUGAACAUGAUCAACGAGCGGCCGGAGUUGGACGCAUCUCAGCAUGUACCCGGAAGCGCUACGGCGAACCCGUCGUCGGGCUGGGCAGAAACAGGAGAGCGGUACUACCUCAAGCUCUUCCGCGACUACGUGUUCCACCAAGUGGACGCCAAUGGGCAUCCGGUGACGGACCUGGCGCACGUGAUCGACUGCCUCAACAAGUUGGACGCGGGGGCAGACGAAAAGGUCAUGUUGACGAGCAGAGACGAGCAGAAUGUGCUCAUUGUCAGCUACAGGGAGGUGAAGAGGGGUCUUGAGUCGGCGUUCCAGGAUCUAGUUCGGGCGGGGAGGGCGAGCAAGAGUUAGUGUUGAACACUGGGGAUGAAAUUAGGAUGAGGGGUGAGAUGGACGGGAACUUGCCCGUCGGUGAGAUUUAGUAGAGUGUGAUGAUAACGCUAUCCAUAACG